AUGGACUGGGACAGAACUCCUGUUUUCCCAUAUGUCUGGAAGUGCCCCACCAAUGAAAAUGAUUACUCAGUGAAAACCCUUACAGGGAACAGGAAUACAGAGUGAUAUGAUAUCCAGAGAAUUGUUCACACCGCCCUGCUAAAAGUGAACUUUUCUGCUUCAAAAACACACUCUUCAGAUUACAACAAGGAAAAGCAUCAGAGAAUAAAAAGAUUCAAACAAGAACCUCACUGGCUUCUGGGCCACCGCCCAGAGUUGUAACCUCCUUCGUUUAACUCAACUGCCUAGUCCUGCUACGCAAUAGACUUCAGCCCUCCCUACGGCAGCAUCUUCUUUGCACUUGGAGAAGGGACAAGGAGGAUGGAGGAAAAGCAACAGAGAUGGGGAGAACCUGCAGAUUAGGCCUUCAGAAAAACAGGAGGGCUGUCUGCUAGCAGUGCUACCAGGAUAUCCUUCGAGCAGAAAAAACUCAGAUUAAAGCCAAAUGUAGUAUCAUGCGAAAAAUAUUCUUCCUGCUUUCUAAGCCAUAUUGUUGGUAACCUGCAUGUGUUCCUGUCAUUUGGUUUCGUCCAGAAGUGACUGCGAGUCACCAGUCACCCUUGUCAGUCAAGCCCAACUAACACCUUAACUGGAAGAGCUUAUUAGAAUCAGCUCACAGGAACACCAGCCCGUGGCAAUUAGGUGGGAUUUGGGGUAUCUGACAAUGACCCCCACAUCACUGAGCGCUCACUUUAUGUUUCUUUCGUAAAGCCAUGAAAGAAGGAUGCUCUCUCAGUUCAUUUGAGAUUUAAACUGUUCCCUUCUAAGAUAACUUUUGCCUCAGCGGGCGUGAGGAGCAUAGAAAUAGGUCAGGUCGUGGCUGAGUCUGAUGGUCUGUGCAACAGAUUUAAGCAUUCUGUCCUCUUUGGAGAUGAAUUUUAGAAACUCGGUCCCAGUAAUACAGACUUUCCUUUAUGCUCAUAUCGCUUUGAAGAGAGGUGAUAAGCAGAUGGUGAGCCCUGAGAAGAACUUAGUAGUGUUUCGUGCCCCUCAACAAUAUUAGCAUAAAUCAGAUUAAUACUGUAGACAUCGGAUCUUGUUCAUUGUUUGAAGGACACUGAUCACAUGGUUUCAAAGUGAUGUGAUUUGCACCAUGAGAGCAGGAUAUUUUUCUCCUCUCUGGAUGUAUCUCUGUUUACUGCAGCUAUGCAGUUUUCAUCUGCUCUGAACUCGUUGUAGGGCUUGGGUGCCUCUCCAUAACAUGAGUCACUCUAGAGAUUUAAGAUAUAGUUGUCUUCCAAUUGGUUGUUAUCUAAUACCCACACUUGGAAUGGGUUUCAAUUGUCAUGAAGUUGUUUCACCAGUCUGAUCGCCCCUGGAGAAACUUUUCUCUUGCUUGUGAAACACUGAAAUCCUCUGGUAGCACUGAAGGGAAAGGCUCAUGCGAUUAGAUGUUAGCAAAAGUGUUUCUGAACACCAAAAGAAGCUCUCCUGG